UAGCAUCGCAAAAAUUUGAGAUUGGAUCACAAUUCAAAUACAUGAAAAAUAUACUCAAAAUUCAACCACAAAAAUAACGAUUUGAUUUUCCCUUUUUGUCGUUACUGAUUGAUUCCUCAUUAGUAUGUUGAAAAAGGGUGGUGGCGUUGGAUACUUGCUUCUCUGUUAGCUAAACAAGCGUUUCCUCUCCAAGUAACGCUAUUUUCUCUUUUUCCACCUUAUUAUUGUUGCAGAUUCCAAUUCUGAUUUCCUUUUGUUUUCAGGGAAUUAUUAGAGGUUAGGAAUGGCAACUAAAAAGCCAGCCAACGGUAAUAGUGCUUAUGUUUCGGCUGUUUCUUCUAAUAUUCCGGCUGCUGCCAACCCUUUGGCUGAAGACCCUUUAAAGAUUGCAUCAAUUAUUAAUUACAAUGCACAAUACAACCCUCAUUUCUCCCUUUCCAAGUUGGAGCCGAAGCAAGCUUUCUAUGCCACUGCAGAGAGUGUUCGUGAUCGGCUUCUGCAACAAUGGAAUGAGACAUACCUUCAUUAUCACAAAGUUGAUCCAAAGCAGACACUUAUCAAUGGAAUUUCUUCAAGGACGAGCUUUGAAUAAUGCAAUUGGGAACCUGAACAUUCAAGGUGCAUAUGCUGAUGCUUUAAGUAAGUUGGGACAUGAACUUGAGGACAUAGUUGAGCAGGAAAAAGAUGCAGCACUCGGAAACGGUGGUCUAGGAAGACUUGCUUCAUGCUUUCUAGAUUCUAUGGCAACACUGAAUUUGCCUGCAUGGGGAUAUGGUCUGAGGUACAGGUAUGGGCUGUUCAAGCAGCGUAUCACCAAGGAGGGCCAAGAAGAAAUUGCUGAGGACUGGCUUGAGAAGUUCAGUCCUUGGGUAGUUGUCAGGCAUGGUGUUGUAUUCCCUGUCAGAUUCUUCGGUCAUGUUCAGGUUAAUCCUGAUGGAUCCCGAAAGUGGGUUGGCGGAGAGAUUGUGCAAGCUUUGGCUUAUGAUGUUCCAAUUCCAGGAUAUAAAACCAAGAAUACUAUCAGUCUUCGACUCUGGGAAGCAAGAGCUUCUGCUGAGGACUUCAAUCUAUUUCAAUUUAAUGAUGGACAGUAUGAAUCUGCUGCGCAGCUUCAUACUCAGCAGAUUUGUGCUGUUCUUUAUCCUGGGGAUGCAACAGAAGAAGGAAAGCUUUUGCGGCUGAAGCAACAACUCUUUGUAUGUAGUGCAUCACUUCAGGGUCUUUCCGUUUCAUGUAUGUUUGAGCAUAAUGGAAUCCAUUUUGAGGACAUAUCAGACCAAGUGGUCAAGCGGGCACCAGAUGCUCUGA